GCCAACCUCGCGCCAUGCGUCCAAAAACCUGAUCUAAUUACAUAACCCAACCCCCAGUUCAGUAAUUACAAUUACUUUGUGUACUGUGACUUUGUGUUUAUCCGUGUAUUACUUGUGUUGUCGCCGCCACCAAUGGACUUAUAAAAGGCACCGCCGGAGAUGAGACGCAAACGGUCGCUGUCAUCGGGCGUCGCUUGAUGACGUCACCCGUCGUCGCCAUGGCGGACCACGUCCGAACGAUGCGCUACAUCCUCUUCACCCUCCUGUCCCUCUCCCUCAACAAAAACCUGGCCUUCGUCCUCGACAAACAGAACCCUUACUCCCAAUUCCGGAAAUGGAACGCCGGUUUAAACGGGACAUUGGAACUUGAGUUCAAAACCGAUCAGCCGAACGGUUUACUUUUGUAUACGGACGAUGGGACUUACGACUUUUUUGAGUUGAAACUAGUGAACGGUGCGUUGCGUUUGCGGUAUAAUUUGGGGGGUGGCGCUCAGAUCAUUACGGUGGGGAGCAAUUUGAAUGACGGACACUGGCACAAAGUUCAGGUGGCCCGCCGAGACGAGCAGACCUCGCUGUCAGUGGAUGGGAUCACCCAGAACAAAACCUCGCGAGGCAAGGAGUUCGUCUUUGGGAAGUUCAAUACCAACUCCGAUGUCUUCGUGGGAGGAAUACCGCCGUCGUACAACUCAAAACUAACAACGCUAGCGUUACCAUCAGUGAUCUUCGAACCCAAGUUCAAAGGGGCCGUCCGGAACCUGGUGUACUCCGACCUGCCUGGGCAGCCGCCGCGGAGACAGGAGCUACGGCAUUCCAGGGAUUUGAAGGCACCUCGUAUAACGAACGCAAGUGGGGACGCGUGCGAGAGACGCGAUCCGUGUCAACACGGAGGAGUCUGCAUCAGUACUGAUGAUGGCCCCAUCUGCGAGUGUCGAGAUGGAGACUACGAAGGCGCUUUUUGUGAGAGGGACAAGGCACCUUCGGAAGCCACCUUCCGCGGUGCAGAGUUCCUCUCGUACGACCUGACCCAGACUGGAGGCGAACCUAUCGUCAGCACACAGGACGCCAUCUCCCUUUACUUCAAGACCCGACAACCCAAUGGCCUGCUGUUUUAUACUGGUCAUGAAGCUGACUACCUGAACCUAGCAGUUCGGGACGGCGGCCUGUCCCUGACCAUGGGGCUGGGCAACGGCAAGCAAGAGAUGCACAUCAAACCCUCAAAGACCCGGUUCGAUGACCACCAGUGGCACAAACUUACUGUCAGGAGAAGGAUUCAAGAGAUUACGCCGUUCACCAGUUUCUGCAGGGUGUCAGCGGUAGUUGACGACGUGUACUCGGAACACUCGCACGUCGCCGGCUCGUUCACCAUGCUGGCGAGUUCCAGAGCUCAUGUCGGGGGCUCCUUGAACGCCAGAGCGUUACCUGGUGCCAGGGUUCAUACUAACUUCAUUGGAUGUCUCAAAAAGGUGGAGUUCUCAGCAGACACCCUUCGGCUGAACCUCAUAGAUCUGGCGAGGACUGGCAGCAAGCUGAUAACUGUCACGGGAAGACUGGAGUACGCCUGCACCGCGACGGAUGCUGCUGACCCAGUCACGUUCGCUACUAAGGAUGCGCAUUUGAUACUUCCGAAAUGGGAGGCAGUGAAGACUGGCACAAUAUCCUUCAAGUUCCGAACAAACGAACCGAACGGCCUGAUCCUCUUCAACAUGGGCGCGAAGCCACCAAGGGUAGGUUGCACGGCGGACCUCUUCGCCGUCGAGAUCCUGAAUGGAUACAUCUACGUGCACGUGGACCUGGGCUCUGGUGGAGUGAGAGUGAGAGCAUCUCGGAGAAGAGUGGAUGAUUCCCACUGGCAUGAGUUCCUGAUGAGAAGGACUGGCAGAGACGGGAGGGUUACUGUAGAUGGUGCUAACGCAGAGUUUAAAACUCCUGGUGAAUCCAAUCAGCUCGAACUGGAUGGACCAUUAUUCGUCGGUGGGCUUGGUUCAGAGUACUCCGCCUCAAGAACACCAGCAGCGUUAUGGACUGCUGCACUAAGACAGGGGUUCGUUGGCUGCAUCCGGGACCUGGUGUUGAACGGGAAGCCUCAGGACCUUACAGCUUAUGCCAGGCAGCAGGACUCUGCUUCAGUCAGGCCAGCGUGCCACGUGCUAAUGAAGCAAUGCGUGAGUUCGCCCUGCCAGCACGGCGGGGUGUGCUCCGAGGGAUGGAACCGGGCAUUGUGCGAUUGCUCUGCCACUAACUACGGGGGACCCACUUGUGGACGAGAGUCACCAACAAUACACCUCAAUGGCAGCCAACACCUAACUGCAGCACUCGGACCAGAACACGUUACCCAAACUGAAGAAUUGCUGCUUCGGUUCCGGACUGGCAAGGCUGGACUGUUACUGCGUACAGCGUCAGAGCAUUCUGCGGACAGGAUAGAACUGGCUGUGGCCGCUGGAAGGGUUAGAGCGAGUGUCCGGUUGGGGGAUCGAGAAAAGAACCUCCUCGCUGGCACCAACGUGGCGGACGACAAGUGGCACACCGUUCGCUUCUCGCGUCGAGCUUCGAACCUCAAGCUGCAGGUAGACGGAGGCCAGCCAGUACGCGGUACGUUAUCUGAAACUAUUCUAGGAAAAGCUUCUACUUUAGAAAUAUCGACUCUGCAUUUAGGAGGACUGUACCACCCCGAAGAAGAAAUCCAAAUGACGUCAACUUUACCUAACUUCGUUGGAUACCUUCAAAAGUUUGUUUUCAAUGGAAUAAAAUACAUAGAUAUGGCCAGAACGCUCGGGAUUGGAGUGAGCGAUGAAAACAACAAUAUUUAUGAUGCUUCCAAUAUAAUUUUCAAUGGAAAAUUCGUGAAACCAGAUUCUUUAAAUGUAUAUAAAUCGGUCACAUUUAAGUCAAAACAUACUUACGCUGGAUUACCAUUACUAAAAGCAUACGGGAAUACAUAUUUAGACUUUUAUUUCCGAACUACUGAAAUGGAUGGACUAUUGUUUUAUAAUGGAGGAAAGAAGCAGGAUUUUAUUGCUGUGGAAUUAGUAAAUGGUCACAUACAUUGUGUUUUCAACCUUGGAGAUGGAGUGGUGACUAUGAAAGAUAAGAUAAAAAGCUUCCUCAAUGAUAACAGAUGGCACACGGUGUCCAUAAGAAGGCCAACUCCGAAAAUUCACACGAUGCAAGUUGAUGAGGAUUUAGAAAUGCACACGACGAGUUCAAAUCUAAUGCUGGAAUUAGACAGUGUUUUAUACGUGGGUGGAGUACCGAAAGACAUGUACACGUCUUUACCAGUGGGAGUACUCUCAAGGCAAGGGUUCGAAGGAUGCAUGUCUAGUUUGGACCUACCUGGGGAAUCGCCUUCGUUGAUUGAGGAUGCUGUGGUUCCUAGUUCCUCUUUAGUAUCUGGAUGUGAAGGUCCUACGAAAUGUACUCAUAAUGCCUGUGCCAAUAAAGGGGUUUGCGUACAACAGUGGAACACAUACGUAUGCGAUUGCGAUUUAACUUCAUUCACUGGUCCUACUUGUUAUGAUGAAUCUAUCGCCUAUGAGUUCGGUCCCGGUCGAGGCAUCAUAACAUACACGUACCCACCCAGUGCCGUCGCUGAUACUGAAACUGAUAAAGUUGCCGUUGGCUUCGUCACCAGCAAGUCUGACGCUGUGCUGCUGAGGAUUGAGUCCUCGAAUACACAGGAUUACAUGCAGAUGGAAAUUAUUCGCGGCAACCUGUUCAUGGUAUACAACGUGGGUGACGGCGACCACCCCCUGGGUGACGAGGCGGCGAGGGUGGACGACGGCGCGUACCACGUGGCCAGGUUCACCAGGAACGGCAGCCGAGCGGCGCUGCAACUGGACAAUUAUGCUGUUAACAUCAGACAUCCACAAGGUGGCCAACAAUCCUCCAUCUUCAACAGCAUGUCUCGCAUAACAAUCGGUGGGGGCAACGGUGGUGGUAGGUCGUUCAGUGGGGUGGUAGCAGGACUGGUAGUGAACGGAGCGCGGCUGUUGGACCUGGCGGCCGCGGCUGAUCCCGCUGCGGCUUUACGCGGGGACGUCAGACGAGCUCAUACUCCAUUGGAUCGGGAUAUUAAUAGGAUGCAGCAAACACCACCGUCCGGCUAUGGAGGUCCCGGCGUGCUAGAUGAGCUGGUAUAUUCAGGUGCCGGUUCUGGGUGCAGGGAUGAUGAUGAAGACGCCUGCGUGCUUCCCGAAGGAGGGUCUGGAGAUGACUUGAUAACCCCUGUAUAUGUUCCUUCUACGAGACGACCGCCUUCAAAAAUGCAUAAGGGAGAUAAAAGUGAGAAAAUGAUGAAGCCGUGCGACGAUGAAGACUGUAUCGAGGGUUCAGGCUCCAGCAGUGAAGAUAUUACGGAGCCUGAGCAUCCUAUGACCACUUCCGGAGCAAGCAGCACCCAUGCAAUGACGUCACCAACCGCGUCCAUCAUAUCAACGGAGCACGUGGACAAAACCGUUGGCUCAACAGAUGGCGCUACCGAUACCACUGGCACUACUAAGAGUGACACCACUCUACCAGACCACGACAACAUGCACGCUGGUACCGUAGACAGUGGUACCACUCCCGAUAAGGGAACUACGCCUACUGAUGAUCGCUCCCACCCCGGUCAUUUCACUCCAACAAUGACGGGUCGACACACAGAAUCCACGCACACAACCCAAGACCACCACAUCCCAGACUACGAGGACCAUCACCAGAUCGAGAUAGAGACCCGCUCCCCGACCUACGAGAUAGAAGAGGGCCAAGACCGGGUACCUGGUAGAAUCCACCCGGAUUAUAACGGAUAUGAGCAUGAGAUUACCACUAAGUGGUACCAUCCCAAGACUACGGAUAAUAGAGUCACGCCACCUGAAUCUGAGUUCUAUGCCACUAUUGUUGGUAUCGUAGCGUCAGUACUGAUCGCAAUCAUCCUGAUAGUGAUAAUCGUUUUGAAGCUAGUAUUCCGCCUCGACCCCUCGUACAAGGUCACGGAAGACAAGAGCUACCAGCAAAGCGCCAGCGCUGCGCUCCUGGGCAAUCAGGCCCAUUCAAGUUACCAAACCGCUUCAAGCGUCCCAGCUGGUGGAGCCGCGAGGAACCUCGAACCGUUACCACUCAACAGAAACGGCACAACACCCUUAGCUCCUCUCCCGCAGCCGGUGAAACGAGACGGCAUUAAGGAGUGGUACGUGUAAGACAGAGACGGAUAACCACCCGCUGUUGUGUUUAUAAAGGUAUUACGUCACUUGUAUUGGUAAUGCAUAGUGUAUGACAACUUUGAGCAUUUAACUGAAAGAAGGACCCAGUCAAAUUUUUUCUAUGAAACUGACGUGAUGUUAAUCUUCAUUCUCAUAUAAAAUCAUAAAAUUGCGCCAGUAAAAAAAUGUUUCCAAUUUUUGGGAAAUAGAAAUUUGCUUCAUUUCUGUAUCUCUGACAAACUCUCAAAAGUGUGUCCAUAUUUCUAUAUCUCUUUUUCCAUGGUUCCACUAGUGAACCAAUCUUGCUGAAAUAAUCACGCAGAGAUCGCUAGACAGCCAUAGAAUAAUUUUUACUCUUAAAAUCAAAAUUUUCCAAAAAUAAAUCGGUUUUCCGGCCAUUCUUUCUUGGAGGUUGGAGCUUUUGCAAAUUAUUAUUGCAUAGUGAAAACUUCCUUUGCGCGAUUCAGAUUCUAUGGCGCGUGAUUGAAGAUACCUGUGGCGAUCUCUAGUUUGUUCGUUGUCAAUUACUUCGUCACAAGCUCAUAGCGCUUGAUAGCCGUAUGAUCCUUUUCUUUAGUGUCAGUAUGUGGAGAUCAUCAUAAAUCAGACAUAAAGUUCUCUAACGAUAUUUUCUUAUCAAUUGUACCUCAAGUCAUCUCUCAUUUAUGUUGAAUGCUCGAAGAACACAGUCAAUACACAACCAUGUCAUACUAAUUUCAUCAUCGGUUCAUUAAUGAUUCUUGCCUACUUUUUUGGUAGAGUAAUCCGACAAGGUGCUAAACUUCAAUUCUGUAGGAUCACUAUGAGUUUCGCAAACGUUUACUUGGUAUCUUAAUAUCUUAAUAUCUUGGUAUCAAUUUUAUGGGAUAUUGAGAUCAGCAAGUGUUGAUAGAUACGCUAUUGUUGUUGCAGAAAAAAUUGGCACAUUUCGCAAGUAUGUACUUACUAAUAACGUCAUUGAAUUUUUAGAACACAUCUGAUGAAUAAAUAAAUAAAUCUUUAUUAUCUUAGCAGAACAAUAUUUACAGACUUUGGUGUGAGGCCCUGCCUCCUGAUGAAGUGAAAACUGUGUGUCAGGAGGCAGUAAUAUGAAAUAAGUGAUGAGCAGCUUUAGAAAAUGCAAUCUUUUUAAACGGUAGCAGUGCAUACUCCUUUCCUAUUUAGUAUUUGUUCUGAAAAUAUUUUACACCUAUGCUAUUAAAUCCUUGGCUCUCAUCUUGCCUUUUGCAAGUCUAUCUUGCGCUGCUUGAAUUCAGUAACUACCUGGAACUCGUUGGAUGUCGUAUUUCUAACUAUUUGGUCUACCAGAACUGUUGUUUUCGGUCCGAGGUAGCCAUUCCAGCACGUUGGACGUCUAUCACUUCUUCAAACUGAGUGUCACACCCAUUGAUAUUUCAACUUCACAAUUCGAUCAGCUGUAUCAGUUAUUCUUCAUCAUGCUAGUGAGUAAACGUUUGCAAAAAUCGUAGUAAUCCUAAUGACUGUAGGUUAUACAUAAUAUGUGUAAUUAUUCGUACAAGUCACGUAAAGAGGAACAUAUCAGCUGUAGAUCGAUUUAUAUACGAGAACUAGUUGUGAUUCGAAUAUCAACCCGUAGUCGCUUGAUUCCUUGAUUAGCUGAAUGGAAUAUACAUAUUAAUGUAUGCAUUUGAAAAUAGACUAUCCAAUCUGAAAGGGUUAAAGCUAUUGGAGUAGUAACGGGAAGUGAAGGUAUAGAUGAUAGAUAAGGCAUAUCAAACGCCACAAGUGACUUAAAUUACGCGUGAGUGACGAUAGAAUGGCUAAGAAGCUUCUACAUAACAAAUCUGAGAGCAAUUGAAAACAUAUUAUAUCUAAAUUGUAAUGGUUUGAUGACAUGAAUGCAGUUGCUAAAACAUUAAUCACUGGAAACAUAAGGACUAGGAUAGAAUGUGUCUUGACGAAGAUGUAGUGCAAGGAAUAAUGACGGUUUCCAAUUAACUAAAAAUAAAGUUGGCGAAUUUGUACUUAUUUCGUGGUUUAACAACAACACAAUGAAUAUAAAGGGUGCGCAGGAUGAUCAAUGCAUCAAUUGUUUCAAUUUCGAUAUUUUGAGCCAGUUACAUGCAUCGUGGUCACAAUGAGACUUAAAGUUAAAGUUAUUUAUGCCCCUGAGUCAAUAGAAAAAAAAACAGUCUAGACUAACUAAGAAAUACAGAGCAAUCUACAAUGGAAAAUUCUGAAGGAAAGACAAGUGAGAGUUAUAACAAUCAUUAUAAUAUUAUUAUAGCUUUAACCCUUGACAGAUUGGAUGGUCUAUUCGAGAAUGAUAACCAUAAUUGAUAUUAAAUCGUUAAUGGUGUGAAUGAUGAGCAAGUAAUGGUUAAGUUGCGUUAAGAUAGAGAUGAUAAUACCGACUGAUACGCAAGUGUUAGUGUAAAUAUUAACUAAUGUAAACGUUGUAGGACGGCACUUGUGCGAUCUGGUGUAUAAAGUUGUUGCGAAAACCUAAAACAGUCCUCGGAGGAAAACAUACUUACUAUACAACUCUUAAUAAUUGUGUACUCCUAAAACAUACGAAAAAGUUGAUCUUAGUUGAACAAUUUAUACAAUCUACAAAGAAGAAGAAUUACAUUUUUCUUCUAUGUGACUUGUAAAAUAUAAAACCCUUAAUAGGUUUUUAGAUAAAUAAAAGCAUAAUGAUUAUAACAGUUUGUUAUGUUGAGACAAAAUAACCAAGUCUUCUUUAAGGAAGAUAAAGCAUUUAGAAAAUGAUGAUCAUUUUAGAGGUGCUAUAGUAAAUAUGUUAUUCUCUUUUAGCUUUUUUUUUCAAUAGUUUUAUAUAUUGCCAUAAUUAUUUGUAACUCGUUUGUACACAGUCAGAUUUCCUUAAUUCCAUAUUACCUACACUCCUAACUGCAGUGAACUUUUCGCCUUUCUGACUUUAACUUAUGCUAAGAUUAACAAAGAUUGAUUGUAUCCAUAUCUCGAUUCGGUGUCUAAAUUCAACUUAACAUAAUUGUCUAAAAACUUUGAAGAUUAAAAUGAAAUUCUGGAUUAAAUCAAUCAAACAUAUUUCUUUUUUUGAUAAAUAAUAUUUUUGCAAAUAUACUCUGUCAAUAACGCGUGAUAAAUUCUUGAAUUUGGACACUUGUUGGGAAACAAUCAGUCUGAAACCUUAUAAUUUAAGAGUAUAAGGCUAAAAUUUGGGGCUGCCACCAAUAAUAAUGAAGCAUAUCGUUCAAUUGAAGACUACGGUACUUUUACAAUUACAAGUUUCUCUUUCCUAUAUUUAUUAGGUCUUAUACAAUAUUUUUAAUAAAUAGAUAAUGCGAGUAGAGAAUUAAUUAUAAACUAAUCACAGAUUACAGCAUUCAACUAAUUCAAUGCGAUUUUUAGUACCUAAUGAAAGUUUUAAUGAAAUCAUCCAAAAAUGACGAAUUCGACCAGGAUCAAGUGUGACGUGUAAAAAUGAUAGUAGUAUCAUUUACAUAAUAAUAAGUAAUGAAAAUUGAAUCGCUGAGCUGUAAUUUGUGAUAAGCAUAAAAUGGUAUAUUAUUGAAAGCUGGAGAAGGUGAAAUCAGCUUUGAUAUAGACAGGUAUAAUAACAUAGACGGCGCAAAGACAUACGAGCUUGUAGGAAAUGGUGGUUCUGUAGAGAUUUGUAUGCAUUAUCUCAUUUAGUUUUAUUAGAUACAAGGAGUUUGGGGUAAGUUUUCCUAUGAAUCUAAUAGAAAUAAAAUGCUUUCUACGUUAUCCUUUUUAAUAUUAUAAUCUUAAGCUCCAUGUUAACAUUCAGUUCGUGCAAAUAUACUUAAGCAUCUGUGUGAUGAUUUUAUUCAAGCAUUGCUAUAGAUGCUCAGCCAUAGUUGCAACUAACUUUAAUAAAUUAAAACUUAACUUUUAACUUUAAUAAAUUUAAACUUUAUUAAUUUAUCAAGAUACCUAAGUCUUCUGUGCAUAGAUAUGGUUCUGUGAUUUAAACUUCUGCGCUUCAGUUAUAUAUGGCAUUUAGCAUUACUCCGUUAGCUCAAUGUCAAUUAUUAAAUUUUCUUGGUAUCUAGUCCUUUGAUCUGAGGUCCUUUUUUCGAUUGUUCUUCUUCCUCUUCAUUAGAUUCAUAGAAAACCUUACGACUGUUUUUGUUAUUAUUGUUUCUGAAACAAUGUUACAUAAUUCUGUUACCAAUAUGUUAAACAGAGGCCUAAACAUUAAAAGCAUAAUGUUAAACUUUCCAAUUGUUAACUCGAAUGUAAAUAUUUUAUAAACAAAAAUAAAAAUCAAUUGAGAAGCGUCAAAUGAAUUUCAUGUAACCCAGGACAAGUUCCUCAAUGCGUCCUAUUCGUAUCCUAUUUAUAAUGAAUGUAAUGUAUUUCAAAUAUAACUCACAAAAAUGUUCAUACUCAUUUAGCAAGUUUAUUUCUUUAAUUUUUUUGCCGCUUUUGUUAAACUUCAUUUAUUACCUCCAAAUACUAAAAAUUCAAGCGCAAUUUCGAUUCAAUAAUUUUGGAUAUAUCUUAUCCAAACCUACAAAAAAACCUGUUUCUUAUAAUGUUAAGAGCGCCUAGUAUAUGGCGUUUCAGAAUUCAGCCAUUAUUAAAAUUGUCUUUUAAUUAGAGUUUCAUCAUAACAAUUUUCUUAUAGUUUUAUUGAGUUCAUAUUGGUCUAUUUAUGUUUUUGUUAGAUUAAGUUAAUUUUAUCUUGUUGUUAUUCUAGUUUAUAAAUCGUUCGUCAUGAGCUUCGUCAUUUACUUUGAAAACUUUAACAUUACGGAUGCCUUGCUUGUAUUUUU